AUGGCGGGCCUGUCCGACCUGGACCGCUGGAUCGAGCAGCUGAAACGGUGCGAGCCGCUGCAGGAGUCGGAGGUCAAGGUGCUGUGCCAGCACGCGCAGGACCUGCUGGUGGAGGAGGGCAACGUGCAGCGCGUGGACUCGCCGGUGACCAUAUGUGGAGAUAUUCAUGGCCAGUUCUAUGAUCUGAUGGAGCUGUUCAAAGUUGGGGGUGACUGCCCACAGACGAACUACCUUUUCCUAGGGGAUUUUGUUGACAGGGGCUUCUACAGUGUCGAGACGUUUCUGCUGCUCCUUGCACUGAAGGUUCGCUACCCAGACAGGAUAACCUUGAUUCGAGGCAACCAUGAGAGUCGACAGAUCACGCAGGUUUAUGGGUUUUACGAUGAGUGUUUACGAAAGUUCGGUUCUGUGAACGUCUGGCGGUACUGCACAGAUAUUUUCGACUACCUGAGUUUGGCUGCUGUGAUCGACAACAAAGUGUUUUGCGUGCAUGGAGGCCUGUCGCCUGCGAUCAACACCCUCGACCAGAUUCGCACCAUUGAUCGCAAGCAGGAGGUGCCCCACGAUGGGGCGAUGUGCGACUUGCUGUGGUCUGACCCUGAAGAGAUCGACGGGUGGGGGCUGAGCCCACGGGGGGCGGGCUAUUUGUUCGGUGGCGACAUCUGCUCCCAGUUCAACCAGGCAAACAAGAUCGACUUCAUAGCUCGCGCACACCAACUGGUCAUGGAUGGCUACAAAUGCAUGUUCAACAAUGGCUUGGUGACUGUCUGGUCAGCACCAAACUACUGCUACAGGUGCGGCAAUGUCGCCGCUAUCCUUGAGCUGGACGAGAGUCUGACCAAGAGCUUCAAGGUUUUCGAGGCAGCACCCCAGGAGGCACGGGGCGUCCAGGCCAAGCGCCCUGUGCCGGAUUACUUCUUGUGA